AGAUAAAUCAAGAUUUAGGAACUCAUCUGCGAUAAAGCAACACAGGAAAUUGGCCGAGAUGGGAAGCUGUGGUCCUAGAGAGAAAUUUGUCGUUGUCUCCAAUGCUCAAGUUCAACAAUUGAAUACGCUAUCAUCAGUGUCUGGUAAAGCUGGAAAUCCAUCGUCGGAGAAGAAGCACAGUCGUUCCGUCUCAGAUCUGAGCGAUCCUACGCCUCGUAAAUUAGAGGACGCCAGUAAGAAUGCGGUACUUUAUACUCAUGUUAUUGCCUUUACUUUGUGCGAGCUGGAGACCACAUUCUCGGCCAAGGUGGAUUUGGAACUGCUUACAAAGGAUACAUGGACGAGAAUGUGAGGGGUUUUUUUUUUUUUCUUUUUGAGUUUUUUUCUAAUUAUUGAGAUAUUACAUGUCACAAUGACAUGUAAAAUCCAGGUCAGCAAGAACGCUGAUCUAUAGGUGCGAUUGGCCAUGUCAGCAAUUUCCGGUUGAAAUUGAUCGGAAAUUGACCGAAGUGACGUAAUUGGAAAAAUUAAAAACAUUGGGUGACCUAAUUGGAAAAAAUUUUUCUUCAGUGACCCAAUUGUAAACGACCCUAUCUUUGAGUGGUCUAUCCGUACUUUUCCCCCCCAAAAAAUGCAAGAUUGACUCACUGAUGGCUCUGCUAGACAAGAAACAGUUACAGCCUGUGAUUCUAAUUUAACAAAAACUAAAAGACACAAACUGAAAUUACAGCACUAUGAUAUGACUGUCUGUGUCUGUACCAUAAACGCUGUCUGAAGGGCUUGACCAUGGAGGCCCAAAACCCUAGUUUCAUUUUAUACUACUAGCAUGUGACACUCUCCGAAUAUGCCCAGACAAUCAAACCAAGUACCCUCUCAGUCUCUCGUCUCCCCCCUCUCUGCUCUCUCCAUGUGCUGGAACAAGCAAUUAUGUGGCAUUCAUUGUACUCAUCGGUCUGGUCUCUGGCUCUGCUCCCUCAGAUCAUUUAUUGGGUCAUUUCUAUAUUGUGUGACCAACAAAAACAUUUGCACUUUUGCCUGCUGGACAGUGUAAUAUGAUCUGUAUAAAUAAUUGUGUUUCCAUUGAUUAUAUUUGGAUAAUUCCAUUCUUAGAAAACCCAGAAAGUAUGAAUUAAAAAGAAAAGAAUUUUUGAGUUUGGGAUAGAAUCUAGAUCCAAAUCUUAUUUAUUGGAAGCACUGCAAGAGUUCUGACUUCAAGUGCAAAUUGACAUUAUUUAUAUCAUAAAUACAAUGGAUUCCUCCCCUACCGGCCUACCCUACCCCAACAAAAACAUAUAAUAUAUUGAACUCCAACGAGUGGGGAUGAGAAGGAUGUCCAUAACCAGGCAGAUUUUCUUCUCAUAUUAUAUGAUAAUGAUUCUUGUUUGUUUUGGGAAGAAACAAUGAAUGUUAAUGUGGGUGAAUUUUUUUUUCUGCAAGUGGCCUAACAAUUCAAAUCUGGGUAUGACAGAUUUCCUUUUUUUUAAAGAGUUGAAUUGGAGAGACAAGAGAAUCCAUCCCAGCAUAGCAGAGAAUCCUGCUAGAUAUGGAAAGGUGAUAAGGGGAAUAGGGAGAGAGGUGAAAGGG